CAGGUACAAGCAGUCAAGCACAAUGUGAUCGGCCAGAAGACUGUGAAGACGUACGUUCGUGGAAUAUGUCGUUAUGUAGCAUGGCUUUACAAGAACCAAAGAAAUGUUCUGAGCGAUGCAUGUCUUGGAGCCUUGCAAGAUGACGACUUCGACCCUAACGAGUUGGAGAUGACGUCGCUAAAACAGAGCAGCAUUGCUGACUUCAUGACUGAGAAUCCUGGGGUAUCUCCUAUUAACUAUGAUCAGCAUCGCGCUGACGACUUCGAGCAGUUCCUGCUGUCUCUUCGGAACCGUAGCGGAUAUAAACCUGAUCAAUCCGUUUACGACUCGAUGCGUUCAAGUUUGUUUCAUUUGUAUCGAGGAUAUGGGCGGUCGAUGACACCAGAGUUUGCUGCUGAUUUGACGGUAUUUUUCAAAGGCCUGAAACGCACUGUUGCGCGGCGCAACCACGAUGCUGGUGUGAAGCUGACAGAGGGGGAGGAGCCCAUGUCAUUUUCGCUAUUGCGCUCUCUCUGUGCUGCGUUUAUCAAGCAUGGUGACGAAGAAUUUCUUUUUGCGCACGCAUUUCUACUGUUGAGU